AUGGAUCGCGAUAGGAGAAUCACGGUAAGACUUGACUUUUCCAAAACUUUGACAGUCCUGGAUCGGGGUUUUGCCGGCGAUGAACACAUCACAAGCAAGAUCCUCCCCGAUAUCGAGCUGAGAUUCAAAGGAUUCAACAUCCAUCAGCUGGGAGAUUUCCGACGAUGGUUGGAGGGAGAUGGCGGGGAUAAAUUGACCCUUCUUCCCAUUCAUGCUCGGCCAUAUCACCAGGUUGUUUACCAGAAUACUUCCACCAUCAUGCCUUUGCAAACAUAUCAUCAUGCCUCCUCGGUCAAAGGCCUGUCAAGCAUCACUACCUUGAUUGUUGGCGCCUCCGAGUCCAUCCUCAUAGACCCGCCCUUCCUGAUCCCUGACGCUUUAUCCGUGGUAGGCUGGAUCAAGGAGACCACCUCGAAUCCCCUUAAAGCCGUCUUCGUCACUCAUCAUCAUCCGGACCAUUUCUUUUCUGCAAAUCCUAUUCUGGAUGCGUUCCCCUCGGCCAAAUUCUAUGCCGCUCCUUAUGUCCUGGAGGGCAUCAACCGCGAAUAUGAUGACAAGGUCAAGUACUGGCCUACUGUCUUUGGACAUGAAAAUGUUCCCGAAGCGCCCAAGAAGCCUGAAGAGUUUAAUUUCAGUUUCUUCUUGCUGAACGGAAACCCCGAAAGCCCGGUCGUGCUGCUGGGGCCCUUGCAGGGAGAUAGUGUUGACCACACCAUCUUCUGGCUGCCGACUGAGAAGACGGUCGUCUGCGGGGAUACUAUCUACGGUCGAAGCACACAUGUUUGGGUGGAAGAGGUGGAAACCCCCGCCCUCCUCGAGGCAUGGAAUAAAACCAUCGCACUCAUCUCUGCUCUGGAGCCCGCCAAGGUCAUUCCAGGACAUUUGGAGCCUGGUUGGGAGCUGGAUGCCAAAGCCGACAUUGCGCACACCCAGAAAUACUUGCACCUCUUUGCAGAAAAGGUCACCUAUGCGCAGACCAAACCGCAGGUCCAAGAUCUCUUUGACUUCUUCAAGGACGCCUUCCCUCAAUGCCAACAGAAUUUGGACUUUUUCUUGGGCCAUUUGUCUAAUCAAUUUGGAGAGGGGGGCAAGGUCUGGGAGGAGAACCGGCACCACGAUGUAGGCAAGAGGACGAUUGAGGGGCUGACGGGGUAUUGGUUCAAGUAA